ACGCCGCACCGGCUCCUCCCUGUCCACCCAAGCAAGCUACUUUAACAUUCUCCGGGCCAGCCAUGUCCAUCCCUCACCCCACGCCGCCUACGCCGCGCCCCGAAUCGCGUCGUGUCGAUCCUCCUGCGCGCCAUGGCCACCGCGUCUCUGUCCGCUUUCUCGUCGCCGCUGUCCGUCGCCGGGCUCAGGAAGCCGCUCGGGGCCGCGGCGUCGUCGUUCCAUCCCCUGCAGCCGAGGGCGAGGCCGGCGGCCAGGAUGGCCGUGCGGGCGGCGGCGGCGUCCAUGAAGGAGAAGGCGGCGGCCGGGCUGACCGCGGCGGCAGUGGCGGCGGCGCUGGUGCUGCCUGACGUCGCGGAGGCCGCGCAGUCCGGGCUGACGCCGUCGCUCAAGAACUUCCUGCUCAGCAUCGUGUCCGGCGGGGUCGUGCUCGUGGCCAUCGUCGGCGCCGUCGUCGCCGUCUCCAACUUCGACCCCGUCAAGCGGGCCUGAUGGAUGGAUCGUUCGUUCGUUAGGAGCUGAGGCCCGUUUCUCCCCUGUAUCAUGCAUGUAUCGAGUGGUAAAUCCUUAUGUGUUCCUAUUUUCUUUGGAGAAGAGAAUGUUCCAACAUAGUAUUUAUCGUCAUACAGAGUUUGAGUUAAACCAUCGUUGCCUUUGGUUUAAUUUAUGCGAUUUUGAUUGCUU